AUGACAGCCAUGAAGCCGGAGCAGCAGCCCACCCCGGGGGCCAGGGCGAGCCAGGCUCAGUCGGCGGACCAGGAACUGGGAAGUAACAGCCCUCCACAGAGAAACUGGAAGGGAAUUGCUAUUGCCCUGCUGGUGAUUUUAGUUGUAUGCUCACUCAUCACUAUGUCAGUCAUCCUCUUAACCCCAGAUGAACUCACAAAUUCAUCAGAAACCAGAUUGUCUUUAGAAGACCUCUUCAGGAAAGAAUUUGUGCUUCAUGAUCCAGAAGCUCGAUGGAUCAAUGAUACAGAUGUGGUGUAUAAAAGCGAGAAUGGACAUGUCAUUAAACUGAAUAUAGAAACAAAUACUACUACAUUAUUACUGGAAAACACAACUUUUGUAACCUUCAAAGCAUCAAGACAUUCAGUUUCACCAGAUUUAAAAUAUGUUCUUCUGGCAUAUGAUGUCAAACAGAUUUUUCAUUAUUCGUAUACUGCUUCAUAUGUGAUUUACAAUAUACACACUAGGGAAGUUUGGGAGUUAAAUCCUCCAGAAGUAGAGGACUCCAUCUUGCAGUACGCGGCCUGGGGCGUCCAAGGGCAGCAGCUGAUUUAUAUUUUUGAAAAUAAUAUCUACUAUCAACCUGAUAUAAAGAGUAGUUCAUUGCGACUGACAUCUUCUGGAAAAGAAGGAAUUAUUUUUAAUGGAAUUGCUGACUGGUUAUAUGAAGAGGAACUUCUGCAUUCUCACAUCGCCCACUGGUGGUCACCAGAUGGAGAAAGGCUUGCCUUCCUGAUGAUAAAUGAUUCCUUGGUGCCUAACAUGGUUAUCCCCCGGUUUACUGGAGCUUUGUAUCCCAAAGGAAAGAAGUAUCCAUAUCCUAAGGCAGGUCAAGUGAACCCAACAAUCAAAUUAUAUGUUGUAAACCUAUAUGGACCAACUCAUACUUUGGAACUCAUGCCACCUGAUAACUUUAAGUCAAGAGAAUACUAUAUCACUAUGGUUAAAUGGGUAAGCAAUACCAAGACGGUGGUCAGAUGGUUAAAUCGACCUCAGAACAUCUCCAUCCUCACAGUCUGUGAGACCACUACUGGUGCUUGUAGUAGAAAAUAUGAGAUGACAUCAGAUACAUGGCUAUCUAAACAGAACGAGGAGCCCGUGUUUUCUAGAGAUGGCAGCAAAUUCUUUAUGACAGUUCCUGUUAAGCAAGGGGGCCGUGGAGAAUAUAACCACAUAGCUAUGUUCCUCAUCCAGAGUAAAAGUGAGCAAAUUACCGUGCGGCAUCUGACAUCAGGAAACUGGGAAGUGAUAAAGAUCCUGGCGUACGAUGAAACGACGCAAAAAAUUUACUUUCUGAGCACCGAGUCGUCUCCCAGAGGGAGGCAGCUGUACAGUGCUUCUACUGAAGGAUUAUUGAAUCGUCAAUGCAUUUCAUGUAACUUUAUGAAAGAACAAUGUACAUAUUUUGGUGCCAGUUUUAGUCCCAUGAAUCAACAUUUCUUAUUACUCUGUAAAGGUCCAGGGGUUCCAGUGGUCAGCCUACAUGGCACGGACAACCCAGCAAAAUAUUUUAUAUUGGAAAGCAAUUCUAUGCUGAAGGAAGCUAUCCUGAAGAAGAAGAUAGUAAAGUCAGAAAUUAAAACGCUUCAUAUUGAUGACUAUGAACUUCCUUUACAGUUGUCCUUUCCCAAAGAUUUUACGGACCGAAACCAGUAUGCUCUUCUGUUAAUAAUGGAUGAAGAACCAGGAGGCCAGCUGGUUACAGAUAAGUUCCAUUUUGACUGGGAUUCAGUACUUGUUGACACGGGUAACGUCAUCACAGCACGGUUUGAUGGCAGAGGAAGUGGAUUCCAGGGCCUGAAAAUUUUGCAGGAGAUUCAUCGAAGGUUAGGCUCAGUGGAAAUAAAGGACCAAAUAGCAGCAGUGAAAUUUUUACUGAAACAGCCAUACAUUGACUCCAAAAGAUUAAGCAUUUUUGGAAAGGGGUAUGGUGGCUAUAUUGCAUCAAUGAUAUUAAAAUCAGAUGAAAACCUUUUUAAAUGUGGAUCAGUGAUUGCACCCAUUAUAGACUUGAAGUUGUAUGCCUCAGCUUUCUCUGAAAGAUAUCUUGGUGUGCCAUCUAAAGAAGAAAGCACAUACCAGGCUUCCAGUGUGCUACAUAAUAUUCAUGGCUUAAAAGAAGAAAAUAUAUUAAUAAUUCAUGGGACUGCUGACACAAAAGUUCAUUUCCAGCAUUCAGCAGAAUUAAUCAAACACCUAAUAAAAGCUGGAGUGAAUUAUACUAUGCAGGUCUACCCAGAUGAAGGCCAUGACGUAUCUGAGAAGAGCAAAUAUCAUCUCUACAGCACAGUCCUCAGAUUCUUCAGUGAUUGUUUAAAGGAAGAAAUACCCAUAUUACCACAGGAACCAGAAGAAGAUGAAUAA